AUGGCCUUUCAGUCUGAACAGCGUGACGCUCAGUUCAACGCCCUCAUCGACGUUCUGCACAGUGUCAAGAGCAACAUAUUCGAUCCCUUCACCAUCACUCGAACAUAUUAUGAGUCUGCAGGGAUACACAUCGGUGUUGACAUUUUAAUUCCUCGUCGCCUCAAAAGCCAGAACCCACCAGUCAUCGUCAGAAUCCACGGCGGCUUCCUGAUCACUGGUUCAAGUUUGUUUCCUGCCUGGUUCUCCAAGUGGGUACUUGACUUUGCAGAGGAACAAGAUGCCAUUAUCAUCAGUCCCAAUUACAGGCUUCUGCCUGAGGUGAAGGGUCGGGAUAUCAUUCAUGACAUGGGAAACUUUUGGAACUGGGUGCACUCUGGAGGGCCUUCGCGCCACCUCGUAGCGAUUGGGCAGCACAAGCUUCAACUGAAUCUCAUCAGAACGCUCGUCGUUGGUGGAAGUGCCGGCGGAUAUCUGGCUCUACAGUCUGUGCUGGCAGGCUUUGUGAGACCCAAGGCGAUUAUAGCCCUCUACCCAAUGGUCGAUAUGAAAGCGGCUCACUUCAGCAAGUCCUACGACAAGUCAAUCGUUGGUGUACCAAACUAUGCCAACGAAGAUGUCAACACGUUCCUUUCCACCACCGCAGUGAAGCCUGCAAUCACCGAGGCAGACCCGCCUGUGAGACUUGACUCAGCCAUGGCAGUUGUGCAUAACGGCCGGUAUCUGGAACUUCUCGGUGAGGACCCUGACUUGUUCAUUCUCGAUCGCAUCAAGAAGAUGGCCUUGACUUCUGCAAACUAUGAGAAACCGUUAUUUCCGCCUCUAUUUCUGCUCCACGGCGAUGGAGAUACUGCAGUGCCUGUUGAUGGUACUCAGAAGCUGGUAGAUUACCUGCAGCGGUUUGACCCAAGUACUCAGAUUCAUUUGGCUAUCAGACCUGGAGACCAUGGAUUUGACUUCAAGGCUACCAUUAAUGAGGCUUGGUUGAGGCAAGGUUUGGAUUUCGUCGUUGCUCCAUGGCUAGAUAGCAAGAGUCUCAUCUAG